GGGUUUGCUAAGUGGAAAACAAUCACGAAAUUAAACCAGGGGAACAAAAGUGAAUGCCUGAGCUGGCUGGACAGCAGUUGAAUGGUGCUGGGACUUGUUAGCCGGGGUCUGCCGCAGUGUGUGUGUGCCCGUGGGGGUCGGCCGGACACUAAGGCCAUCAACACCUGACUGGCCUUGGCUGAAGGGAAAGGAAAUGCAACCAACUUGCUGAGUGACCUCUCACACGGCUACUUCCAAAGAGAACACUGGCUGAGCGCUCCGUCCCAGCUGGAGGCCGGGCCUUGGUCGACAGGAGGCCAUUCGGGGAGGGGGCCUGGGGGCUCGGCUGGGCUGAGGCAGGGGAGAACACGCCAGAGCUUUGGAGCUGUGGAGCUGGGGAUCAGUGUGGAGCAAGACGCAGUCUACAGGGGACGCCUGGGUGGGAGCCAUGCAUAACAAACCGCUUCCCGACGCCCAGCUCCCGGCAAAUUGGCUUUCCGAGUGGCAGCCCCUCAACACUUGUAAAAUCUUUUUUCUCGAGAUGGAUUUCGGUGAAAUGGUUAGAGCUCUUCCAGUGCUCGCUCGGUGGAGGUGCGUUAAUUGGCUGAUGGCUACUCAGAAGGCGGCGAGCCAGAAGGCACCCAGGCUUCAUGGAGGGUUCCACAGUGGUGCGGCGUGGGGCUGCCUCUGUUUCCUCCACCGGCCCAGGAAUUUCAGAAGGCCUGGAUGGAAUCAGACCCCUGUAAUGCUGCUACGUCACCUGCGUGGGGGAUGAGGUACUUGGGAUAUCACCCCCGUGUGCUGCUCUUAGGACCUCUCACCUGCUGUGGCUGAUGCCCAAUGGAUUGUGUUUAUGGACAAUAAAACAGGUCUAGGUUUAGGUGAAAGAUGGGGAUUUGGGGGUGUUUCUCCUAGUGCCCAAAGUACAUGAGAAACACAUGGACGGAAGUGACUAAGGCUGUUUAGUUUCCCUUGAACUUGCUGCCUGCCCUGCCAGGCUAGGGGUGGUGGUGGUGGUCCCUCAUGUGCCCCCCCCCCCAUAAGAACCAUCUCUUUAUCCAUUGGAGGAAGUGUGGUUGCUGGAUUUCAUGGAAGGGGAGCCUUCAUGGAGAAAAAUCAGCAUUUUGGAUACAAGUUCUGGACUUGGAAAAGAAAAAGAAAAUCCAGCCUAAAGCGCAGUCAUCUUUUAAUUUAUCAGAGUGCCCCGGCUUUUCCGAUCCUAGCCCUGUGACUGAGCGUGAGUUGGGAGGCAGAGGAAAUUAAUCGGCCAGGCAAAGACUUUUAACAAGUAAAUAUUAUGCUCAGAAAGAAAUGCAAUUAAUGGAGGUUAGUUAAUGCCUUUCAAGUCGCUGGAGCUGUAGUUAAGGGUGGAAUUUCGGCCUUAUCCCUGGAUUGUCUGUCAAAAUCUUUAAAGUGACAAUGUGACAUGUCUCAACCACCACCCCUCUCUUGCCAGGAACAAAAAAAGGGUCUUUGCAGGCACCCCCCCUUUUCCAUUCAUCUGCUCCUGAGAUCUUUCCAUGUGACGGGGGUACCUUUGUCUGCCUGCAUCUCUGAAGUGGAGCACCUGGGGGACGGGGCUCCCCAGCUGCUGCCAGCCAGGAGUGGGUUCCCAGUUAUGCCGUGUACCCACAGAUCAAAGGUGCUGGCCCCUCAGAUGAGACGCUGGCCUGCUGGUGGGGUCUCCCUUCUGCUCCUCACCCUCUAAGGGCAGAUGCAUCUUUGGCCAACCCUGUAGCUGUGGUUCCUGUGUGUGACCGUGCCACCCCCUGUCACUGCCGGCCAGCCUCCUCUCCAGACUGCGACUAGAAUUGUUUGCGUCUGAAGAGUCUGUUCGCAGGUCUGGCGGGGGGCCGGGCGGCGGUGGCGGCGGCAGGAGAUGCCCGGGCGGCCCGCCGGGGUCCAUGUGGCGCUCUAGGUGGGAUGCCGGCGUCCUGAAGGCCGAGGCCCUGGCCCUGCUCCCCUGCGGCCUGGGCAUGGCCUUCUCCCAGUCCCACGUGAUGGCUGCGCGGCGGCACCAGCACAGCAGGCUGCUCAUCGAGGUGGACGAGUACAGCUCCAACCCCACGCAGGCCUUCACCUUCUACAACAUCAACCAGGGCCGCUUCCAGCCGCCGCACGUGCAGAUGGUGGACCCGGUGCCGCACGAUGCCCCCAAGCCACCCGGCUACACGCGCUUCGUGUGUGUGUCUGACACACAUUCGAGGACGGACCCCAUCCAGAUGCCCUACGGUGACGUGCUGAUCCAUGCCGGGGACUUCACGGAGCUGGGGCUCCCAAGCGAGGUGAAGAAAUUCAACGAGUGGCUGGGCAGCCUGCCCUAUGAGUACAAGAUUGUGAUCGCUGGCAACCACGAGCUGACCUUCGACCAGGAGUUCAUGGCCGACCUCAUCAAGCAGGACUUCUACUACUUCCCGUCUGUGUCGAAGCUGAAGCCCGAGAACUAUGAGAACGUGCAGUCGUUGCUGACCAACUGCAUCUACUUGCAGGACUCGGAGGUCACCGUGCGGGGCUUCCGGAUCUACGGCUCCCCAUGGCAGCCCUGGUUUUAUGGCUGGGGCUUCAACCUGCCGCGAGGCCAGGCCCUGCUGGAGAAAUGGAACCUCAUCCCUGAGGGUGUGGAUGUCCUGAUCACCCACGGACCGCCACUGGGCUUCCUGGACUGGGUCCCCAAGAAGAUGCAGCGGGUGGGCUGCGUGGAGCUGCUCAACACGGUGCAGAGGCGCGUCCAGCCGCGGCUGCAUGUCUUUGGCCACAUCCAUGAAGGCUACGGUGUCAUGGCAGACGGGACGACCACCUACGUGAAUGCAUCCGUGUGCACUGUGAACUACCAGCCCGUGAACCCGCCCAUAGUCAUCGACUUGCCCACGCCCCGGAACUCCUGACUGUCCCCCGCGGCCCCGGCCCUGCCCGCCUGCAUCAGCUGCAUCGCCUGGCCGAGAGCACGGACCCCCGCCACACUCCCUCCCACACAGAACAACCUAGACACCCUGCCCGGCCCUGGAGACCAGCUCUGCGAUGGGUCAAGGCCUUGGAAUGAAGGAAAUCAAUCCCCCUUGACUUUCAGCCUCCAUCCCUUGCCAGUGGGACCUUGCGUGGCCCCAGCAGGGCGUGCACUCAUUAUUAUUGUUGCCUGUACCUCCAUGAGGACCUCACUCAAGGGCUCAUGGCCCGUCUCGCUUGGGAAUCGCCUGAAUGGUCACCCUGCUCAGCGGGACCCCCUCCUGUUUCAGGAAGCUGCCGCUCUUGGAUGAGCUCUGGAGAUCGUUGCACACAAUGUUCCUCUGCCCCGGGGUGUGUGGCUGUGGCUCGAGGGUCGAGGAUGGCUGGAGUUCUGUGGCCUGGGCCGGGCAGCCCUUCCUCUCCUGCCGGGCCUGGAGGAGGUUGACGCGGUUGUGGCCGAGCCCUCUGAGGGAGUGCUGGGGACAUCUCAGGAAUUCGGGCCGCACCUGGUAGGCCCCACAGAGGUUGGCCUCGCUGUUCCCCUUUAUCUUCCUGUGGGCAUACUUGCGGGUGUGACAGUGGCCUGAGCAUCCCAGGCGUUUGCUCAGAGUCUGGGUUGGGGGAGAGGUUGGUUCCACAGGAAGAGCUGUCCUAGUGCGCGGAGCCCGUUGGAGGGUUCCACGUCAUGGUAGGACAGCGCUUGGUCCCACCGGGGCUGUGCUGCUCUGCAAAACACAGCAACCGGGGGCUUGCAGGCCGGGGCUGCGGCACCGCGUGUCCCUCCUCUGCACCCAUGUUCGCGUGCACACCCCCUCCAAAUGCCUCCUCCUGCGUCUCCCACUCCUGUUCCGCAGCAGGGUUCUCUUCCUUGUGUAACCCCCUUGCAGCAGCCGUGGCAGGUGGGCCCUGAGCUCCUGCAGCUGCACCCUGGCUGGCUUCCUUUCCAGGGGCUGGGCUGGGGCCGGAAGGAACCAGCAGGGCCAGGUGAGGGGCAGGCUGGGGCAGGGGCAGAGCCUAUCUUUAUUUAAAAUGUUGAUAUUUUGCUUGUCGUGAAUUAUUUUUCCAUUCAUUUUGAUUUUAACAUUAUGUUACAAUGGCCUUCUAUCUGUUCUGAUUACUGAUGUUUUUGCGCCCCCUUUACCUGGCUAGGGAGGAGGGCUUUGUUCCCUGCCCUAGGAAGCAGCCUUCCACAUGUCCUUUAUCAUCAACUUUCAUCCUCAGACAGUCCUGCAAGGUUGGAACUGUUGUCCCCAUUUUAGAGAUGAGGCAGUGGAGGCCAGAGAGGCAUGGUAACUUAACAGAAGGCACGCAGCACAAAAGGGGCGGGUGCAGGAUUUGAACCUUGGACUCUGGCUUCUGAAGAGCCCUUGUUUUGCCACUACCUAGGGUUCUCUCCCCCGUGAAGCAGGACAUGGAUCCAGGGCUCUUUUUAUUUUAAUUUUGGAGGGUCCUGUUCAAAAGAAGCUCUGGUUCCUUGAACUCCAGGAAAUCCUGAACUCUGAGCCCAGCAUCCUAGCAUCCUGGAGACUGGGAUUUCCUCCCGGCUUGAGAGAGAGCUGGGUCAUGCAUUCCUGGGAGCCUGGCAGAAGCACUGCCUUGGGCAGGGUCCCCUGUGGCUGAAAUCACUUGGGUUAGCUGGGGACAUUUACAAGGUCUCUAAGGCGAUUAGGAUGUACUCUGAGGAAUGGGUAGAGAAAACACAGGACUCUGUUAGUGUUGACUCUGCUCAAUUUCUAUGCGGACCAAGAACUAGAAACUUUAAAGAAUAAAAUGUUUUUCCUAAGGUAUCUUCAGAAUAUGGUGUAUUUUUAUGUGGAAAAGAAAAGUUAUGAAGGCAGCUGUUACUUUAAGAGAAAAUUCAUUAAAAGUCCUUGAGGUAUGAAA